GGAUUGGUCAAUAGGACUCAUUAGCAGGUCAACUAAUAGCCGAUUUGCGGUUUAAAUAUGUCUAAGUAAAUAAUCUCUGGAAUACAUUUUGUCCCUGAAAGCAUGAUUGGAUCACUAACUUCAACCCAAGCAAUUUUCUCUAGAUUACUUAUACGCAUUAAAUAAGUUUUCUCAUCGUUAGCAUUCUCGUGUACUGGCAUACUGGGACACCUAUUAAUUAUACUACAGCUGUCAAUUCCAGCCGCGUACUUGUCGAAUUUUCUGGGAUUGGUGAUGGAUAUCUGUUGCAUUUAAUACAUUCUGGAAUACUUGAAGUCUCAUUCUCGGACUAAUACAAUGACGCAGGUUGGAAGUUUACAUAAUCCAUUCCUGUAUAAUCCUCACAAACUCAAGCAUAGUAACUCUAAUUCGCUCUCGCAAAUAUUUCAUUUACAACUUCCCGAGCUGAUAACUUCGACACAACUUAGUCGGUCACCUGCGUCCAGUGCAUGUCCCUCUGAUGAUUCUGGCAUUGAAAGGACGUUGAAUUUGAGCCCGUCUUCUCCUUUUCCUGAGGACACUGAUUCAGAUGAUGCUCAGUCGUCUGUUGGUUUUGAAGUUGGGCGUGUCACUAGUCAGGUGCAGAUGCGUCGAAAUCCAUUGAAAGUGGGUGCUUAUAAUCAUUUUGGCUGUGGUGGUAAAUACAUAGAAUCUGCCAGGCUUUCUCCUCCGGGUACUUGUGCGGUGGCAGUUGAGGACAGUUACUGCCCUUUAGCAAGUCCUAAAGCAAGUAAACCCAAAUUUUCAAACGGGAAUCGGUUUCAAAUAUUAUCCUAUGAGCAAGUGACUAGAUUACACUAUGUUUUAUCGAAAACCAUUCCAAUCCAUAGCAGAAAUCCAGGAUUCCCGACUAUUAUGGUCAAACUGAAUGACUUAUUUAGAGCAGUCCGAGGAAAUCUCAAAGCAGCUGGAAUUCCUGUUCGAAACAUGCGUCUUAAUGGUGGUGCAGCCUCAUAUGUCAUUGGACGAGAAAAUUAUCCAGUGUACAAUGAUGUCGAUGUUCUGAUCUCCGUGGACUUGAGCUCAAACAGUUCGACAAUUCAAAAAGUCAAAUCAUCUGUAUUGAAUGCUUUGAUGAGUUUCCUACCGGAUGAGAAAAAGUUAGAAGCUUCCAAACAGCAAACAGUUUAUCAUCAACCCCAACGUAGCUUCAAAUUUAAACAAUUAACCGGGUCCUGUUCCAACCUCCAGUCUAGUGAUGAUGUCCCGAAAGUAUCAGGGGGUGGUAGCCAAGGUGUAUCACAGAAUUCUUCACCCAAUAGCUCACCUGUAAGAAUUAAAAGUCAUAUGAGUUCUACAGAAUUACGACAUAUAGAUGUAAUGAAAACCACUGAUUCAAUUUCUACUUCAAGUGCAAAAGAGUUUAGUGGAAUCGACAAAUCUGUUGAACUUCUGGACGUAGGCGUAAUUCCACAGAACCAACAUGAUGUCCACUCAUCCGUGGUUUCACGACCUAACAAAAUUGAUUUUCCAAAUCCAAUCCGUCAAAAUCUUCCUAAUCCUGCUUCUUUUACUCAGUUAUCCUUUCUACAUCCUGGACAGCAAUACAUUUACAGUACUAGUUCUCCAUUUAUUUCUUUGAAUGUAAGCACAAUGAACUGUAUUCAAAGCUCUGCUUCCACUCCGAAUGGUUCUAGCCCGUCAGACAGAUUCAGUUUACGAGAGUCUUAUGUGUACAAACAGUUUCGUAAGUUUAGUCAAGACGAUGACUGUUGGUCACUUUUAUCUCUUGGAAUUCCAUCUUCAGAUUCAAAAGUUAUUGAAUUUAAGUUUGUUGAUCGAAUGAAACGUCAAUUUGAAUUUACAGUGGAUAGCUUUCAAAUUGUUUUAGACCCCCUGUUAUCUUUUUAUGAGUGCAAUCCAGCAGAAUGCAUAACUCUACACUUUUAUCCAACAGUUGUUGCUGAGUCUGUCUCUGGAUCAUUCUCUGAAGCCUUAUAUCACUUAGAGAAUAAAUUAAUUGCAACUAUUGAACCAGAAAUGAUUCGUGGUGGUGGUCUCUUGAAAUACUGUCGAUUGUUAGUUAGUGGAUACACACCUGCUGAAGGUGUUGAUGUACAUACACUUGAAAAGUACAUGAGUUCUCGAUUCUUUAUUGAUUUUCAAGAUAUAGCCAGUCAGAAAACUAAAUUGGUAGCUUUUUUAGCAAAUCAUUUUAGUGAGCAUGAAGUUUCUGUUAAAAUUAAUUAUUUACGCAUUUUAUAUCAAGUUGUAAGUGGUUCUACUAUAUGUCUUAUGUCUCAUGAACACUUCCAAACACUGAAUCUUAUUUCAGAGAUGUUACGUUAUUUUAUGUAUUAUUCACAAUUCAAUCGAUCUUCUUUAAGUUUGGAAUGGUUUGCUGAAAAACAGAAUCUUGUUCUAGAUAAAAUUUAUUUUGGAACACAAUUAUUCCCUGUAAUUUCACGAAGUGAACCUUAUUCAAAAAAUUGUUUCUGUCUGAAAAAUAAGUUGCCACCUGUUAUCAUACAUAGCUCAAAGUUCCCACAAAAAUCCAGCUGCUCUUCUAUGGAAGACAAAGGAAAAUUAUCAACAGAUACAACAUGUUAUGAAGAUGGCAUAAGAAAUCAAACAAAACAAUUCACAGAAUGGGAGCCAUCUAGUGUGUGUAACCAAUGCUGAGUAGUAUCGAAAAACUCUAUAAAUUCCAGUCAAAAUUCUACAGCAAAUCAUAACUUGAGGACAGAAUAGAUUAUAAUUUAAUGUUUGAACAGACUUUCACUAUUCGUAUGACUGUUGCCAUCUUCAAAGUUAGUUGUUGUAGGUUCAUUUUGAGCUCGAUCAUUGUUUAGAGUACUUUUACAUAGUUGUCUGCUUCAUGUUUUAUCCAGUUCAUGCUUGCAUGAAUAUGUGAAUAAACUAGUCUGUUUUAUGUCAACCUCAUACUUAGAAUACGCAUUUAAUCAAUGUUAUACUCAAGAAUGAAGUAAUCCAUAUCACAAUCCAUGUAUUGUGUGGAUCAUAAUGAUUGUGCUGUGGAAAUACUUGUAGUACGAAACUUGUCUCCAACUAAAGGAUACAUUCAUAGGAGAAACUGAACCUGAUAUUCUACAUUGCAAAACAGAAGAGUAUUUAAAAUAAGGAAAAAGAAGCCCGGUGAUGGGUGUUUUCUGUUCAUGUGUAUGUGUGUGUGUAUUUAUUUAUUUAUUUUGCCUCACAAGAUGGGAUCCUCUUUGUCCUCAUAUUUACUUUUUGUCUUUCAUCGUCUGUUAGCUUUUGUACAUAUAACUGUUUGUUCAUGUUCUUCUGUGUCAAAAAUUGAUAUUAAAUUCCUACUCAAUUUAAACUUAUGUGGUCAAACUUUCCUUAUGCUUACACUGAAUAUAUGUGUGUUUAAGAUAUCUAGUAGUGUGGAUUAUGCUGUUUGAAAUAAUUUCCUCAUUCUUUAAGAAACCAUUUCAUUUCAUUAAGAUAAACAACUGUCGAUGAUGAAGUUGUUCGAUUGAAUCACACAAGUACAACACAUAAGGAAUAAAAUAUCCGUACAACUUUAUUCUUUUUUUAAAAAAAACUUGUCUGUUUCUCAGCAUUCCAGACUGAAAGGAUUUGAAUCAUGUUUUCAAUGUAAGACUCUUUUAUUCACCUAUUCCAAAUUGAUAAUAAUAUAUGAAAUUUUCAACGAUUGAGUUCCACAAAUGAUUCAGGUGAGUUUGUAUGCUCGUCAAUCGUCACGCAGCUGUUUUCAUCAACAUGUCAACACAUCGUUACACAUACACUUUCUAAAAGAUUUUUUUCUCUCAUCACUACUGUCCUUUUUUCCCCUGUUAAAUGGACGUGAAUGAGGUGUGAAAUCUCAUCUGAGCUGUUUCUUCUAGAAAAUAUAAUCGUUUACCUAUUUUGUUAAUAAUGAUGAUUGAGCUGUUUCCAGUAUUUGUACGUCUUCGUAUUGUUGAGAAAAGAUUACACCAUUCAUUUCAUUUAUUCUGUUUCCUAAAAAAAUAACUUGGAUUAUCAGUUAUCCUUAUUGUUACUACUGUUAUGCUAUAUAUUGUAUUUUGUUUGUACUUGUCUGUGAUCUAUUCUGUCCCAGUGGUGAUUAUUCAACUUUUAUCUGAAUAAAAAUAAAUAAAUCAACAAAAAAUAAUGAUGAUAAAUAUACAUCUACAUUUGUACUUGUCCAGUGUUCGUAUGUUGUUUAUUUUCUCGUGUUUUGUCUAUUUUUGGCUGAUAUUUCAUCAAUAUUGCUACCGUUAUUGCUACAAUUAUUAUUACUACUUCUACUGAGCACAAACCAGAUUCUUUGACAAUCUAUUUUUCAAAAAAAUAAAAAAAUUGCUGAUAAUAUUACAACAAUUAUUAAUGUUUAUUAUACGAAAAGGAAAAAAAAUAAAAAAAGUGAUCUGUUUGCUCAUUUUUAAAAUGAAUCUGCACUUCUAAGACUAGUUAAUUCGGAUGACUAAUUCCUGAAAAUUAGUCAUUCUGAGUAGUGUUCGAGGGGGGGGAGUUCCAGCUGGUAUCCGUGACAGUCAAUAAGUGAUAGAUACAUGCAACUCCUAUUACACUUAGUUAUUGUUUGGUAUUGCCGUCUGACCCGGGUUAGUUUUCAACUCAACCUUCUUAGAGAAUAGGAUGUGAAGGUUUUUAAAAUUAACUACUUCGAUUCAUCCCUUCAAAGUCAUUCUAGUAGAAUAUGGAAGUAAUCUUAGAAACCACAUGUACUUUAGUGUAGUAGACCGUGAGCCACAACUAUUUGUACGUGUUAGUGGAUGUAUGUAUACUCCUGUGAAUACCUAUCAAAUGCAAAGCUGCGUACUUUCAUUGUGAACCUGAAUUUUAUGUCUACCAUUAGAACUGGCAAGUUUGCUAGAGAUGCGAAGACCUAGGAAUACCACGAAAUUUUUCAGUUUUCUGUUAUACAUUGUUUUAUAUCAUCAAUAUGUGCACGUACGCUAAGCACGAAUGUCUACUUCUUCCUCAACGCUUCAAUUUUAGAUGGAAGGAAGCCAUACAAAAUCAAGCACUUUAAAUUAGCCACACGGACGACGCCAGACUAUGAAAGGAAAUCACUGUCAACAUGGCGAAAUUCAAUUCGGGGACCUUCGUAGUAACUGUCUAUUGCUGUACCGAUUGAUCUACUAAACCAGUGGAAAGCACAUUAACUUUCACUUCAAUCAAGUAGUGUUUUGCUGGAUUUUUAUGUUAAUGAGAGGUGUGACAAGUGUUUUUGUUAAGUUGUUACCCUACUCUUGAAUAUCGUUUUUGGAGUUCAAAUCGAAUGGUACUAAUUAGGAGGAGAAAAGUAGGGGAUAAUUCGAUUUAACUAACAGUUUAUUGUAGGAGUGGUAGUGAUCAUAGUCAUAAUGAACUUGAAAUGAUUGAAAAAGCAUAGAGACCAGCUGAAUAUGCUGUUUACGUGCUAAUCUUUUCACAUAAUUCAGAUCACUAGUGUCAAUGCAAACGAUUAGAUGAGUUUUUAGUCUGGAAGAUAUGCGAUUGCCUUAUAUCUCAUAGACUUGAUUCAUGUGUUGCAUAACUAGAAAUGACUGCUACACUUCACAAUUGGAACUAAGAGGCAUAGGUGUAUUUUAUGACAACUAGCAU